CGCUAUCCGGUCUUCAGUGGCCCGUGCUCGACCCAUUUUUCUCUCUCCUGCUUCUUUUAAGACCGCGACUUCUCUCUUCAUCGCACCCUCACUCUUGCAUCCAGCGUUCGCAUCAGUCGGACUUCAUCUCUCCACUCCAUCCUUUCACAUACCUUCACAUCCUUCGCGAUGGCUGAACAAAAGGGUUCCGUCUUCGGCAUGCCGGCUUUUGUUGUCGACUUCUUGAUGGGUGGUGUUUCCGCUGCCGUCUCGAAGACCGCCGCUGCCCCCAUCGAGCGUGUCAAGCUCCUUAUCCAGAACCAGGAUGAGAUGCUUAAGUCCGGUCGUCUCGACCGCAAGUACGACGGUAUCGUCGAGUGCUUCAAGCGUACCUCGCAACAGGAGGGUGUCCUCUCCCUCUGGCGUGGUAACACUGCCAACGUCAUCCGUUACUUCCCCACCCAGGCCCUGAACUUCGCUUUCCGCGACACCUACAAGUCCAUGUUCGCCUUCAAGAAGGAGCGUGAUGGUUACGCCAAGUGGAUGGCCGGUAACUUGGCCUCCGGUGGUGCUGCUGGUGCCACUUCCCUCCUCUUCGUCUACUCCCUCGAUUACGCCCGUACCCGUCUCGCCAACGACGCAAAGAACGCCAAGAAGGGUGGUGACCGUCAAUUCAACGGUCUCGUAGACGUCUACAAGAAGACCCUCGCCUCCGACGGUAUUGCCGGUCUCUACCGUGGUUUCGGUCCCUCCGUUCUUGGUAUCGUCGUCUACCGUGGUCUGUACUUCGGUAUGUACGACUCGAUCAAGCCUGUUCUCCUUACCGGCUCCCUCGAGGGUAACUUCUUGGCCUCUUUCUUGCUCGGAUGGACUGUCACCACUGGUGCCGGUAUCGCUUCUUACCCCCUUGACACUGUCCGUCGUCGCAUGAUGAUGACCUCUGGUGAGGCCGUCAAGUACAAGUCUUCCAUGGAUGCCGCCCGCCAGAUCGUCGCCGCUGAGGGUGUCAAGUCUCUCUUCAAGGGUGCCGGUGCCAACAUCCUCCGUGGUGUUGCCGGUGCCGGUGUCUUGUCCAUCUACGACCAGGCCCAGCUCCUCAUCUUCGGCAAGAAGUUCAAAUAG